CUGGCUCUCGUGCUCGGUUCCGUGCGACGAUUCAGCCCGACUCGCUUGCUUUACUUGACUCGACCUAUAGUGGCUAAGACCAGGAGGAAGAUGAACAAGUUGCUGGCAUUGGUACUUCUUGCCGCGUGUGCCGCCGCUGGACCCACGGCUGGACCCGCGCAGCUGUCGCAGGAUCUGAAUUGUCUCGAUCAGGACAAUGAGCUCUUCAGCUGCGUCUUCGUGAAGACCGUCAGUGCCCUCGACAGGGCGGCUCGAUCCAGCGAUUUUGAGAUCAUCGAUGGCGUCACUUUCGUCAGAGAGACGCCGAUGGAGCGCGCUGGCAAGAGUUUAGAGAAAUCCGAGCAGGAGAUCAUGAAUAAAUUGCCACGUGAUAGUUCUGACAGAACGAUAAAGCUUCUGGGCAUGCUGUACGAUUCAGCUGUCUCCUUCAUGAAGAGCCAUAGCUUGAAGCUCAGCAUGCCUGAGGGAUCCAUCUCCCGCGCCAUGGUCGAAGGACGUGCCAAGAUCAAGAAGAUGGUCUUACCGCUCAUCGCUGCAGCGGGGCUCAAGAUCUUCGCGCUGGUGCCAAUCUUGCUCGGCGGCCUGGGCCUGCUGGCGCUGAAGGCUCUCUUCUUCGGCAAGAUCGCCCUCUUGGUCGCCGGCGUCAUGGCGUUCCAGAGGCUCUUCGGCGGUAGCAACGCGGCUGGCAGUUUCCUACCUAGCUUCGGCAAGAAUCCUACACCGAAUCUCUGGUACGACAAUACCGCAGCCGCCGGUUGGGCCCCUGGCGUAACAGGAGUGCAGCAUCAAGGAUACAGGAGCCUCGCUGACGCCGAGAUAGACGCACACAAUCUGGCGUAUUCCGCGCACGCUCUGGUCGACAAUCGCGCCGAUUAAAAUGGACCUUUCUCCCGGACCCUUCGUACUUCGCGAGGGACAUCAAAGGACUCGUGAUUAAGCCAUAUCUCCCGCGGAGCCAAAAAACCUCCCCGAGGCCAUUGGACCCACCUGCGACUGCUAGAUUAGUAUUUAUAUGCGUACGCCGAGCAUGUAAUUUAUCGCCU